AACCAUUCUAGGCCCCGCGCGAUCUUCUGGACAACCAUUACUCUUGGGGACUUGCACCACAAACUUGACUGAUCAUGUUUUGUUCAUCCUUACGGAAGCGAAGAGAAUGGGCACCGGCGGUUCAUUCGCUAACAACAAGCUCGUCAACAUGGAAAGAAAGUAACCUGGAGGCUUGUGAUAUCACAUUUCCGGUCCCCGUUUCCAACAGCCCACCCGCUACCUUCAGAGCAAUUGUCUCGUCACUGUCUGAGCUCCAGUCUUCUGAGGGAAAGGCGCGCAUGGCAAGACUGUUGCUUAUGAACGGGGGAGAGCAUAUCGCAGUGAUAUUGCUUUUGGAUGGUUACAAGCCCAUGGAGUCUUUUUCUCGGCUGCAAAUUGAGAUGCUUUGCUCAGAUUGUCCCAUCCCUAUGAUUCCCAUUUCUACGACCCAAGAUUUUGCAGACUGCCUUGAAUCUCUCAGGCGGAAUUGCAUUAGGAAGAAUUCCGCUGUCAAUACUGAGCAACGGGCAACCCAUAAGAACUUGGUAUGCUGGUGCGUCGAAGGCAAACCUCUUUCAAGAGACCAGGUCAACGUCCUGACCGGAAUCACCUCCGGGUUCAGAGGCUUCGCCGACCUCUACUCCAGCCCCGGCGGACGAGCUACAAUCUGCGAAUACCUAGGAGAUAGCGAUGGUGAACGAGUCGUCUCGUUUCUCUCCAAUGGCCCGCCCCAAGUCCGCAAGCAACCAGGAGUCACAUAUGCACACAAUGUGUGAUAAGCUAGAUAGUUGGUCCUGUUUCCAAGAUGCUGGGCGGCAACGACAAGUCUGCUUACCGAAGACUUGGAAUGCAUUAUGUAUAAUGGCAUGAUAAUGGUUCAGUGCAGAAUAAGAUCUCACAAGGAAUGUCGUUCAGAUCGAUCAUCCGCCCAGUAUUCUGGGUCACAGCCUGCGGUGCAGAGCGGUGUCGUUUAAGUCAUGACAGGCAUCUGGGCAAAAGUACAGGGAUGAGCCAUGAUACAUGCAAGCUUAAUGGAGUGCAUAUUCGACCACUCGCAAUUAUUUCGAAGGGGUUUAUAGCGAAAACAAGUUACGGGUUCUCCAUAUCUGCGUCGCUGAACUCGUUCGCCGUUGUUGAGACAGGGUAGUCUACUCAUGUAGGUGAUAGAACAAGUAUCCACAGGGCAACGGAGUGAGCCAGGUGGAAGCUGAACCAAUUAGAGCGAUGCUGCAACCGCCGAGCUAGGUAGACGACAAUGUGAAUCGGGCUCACUAUGCUCAUGGUAGGCCUCAGGCUCGGUUAUCACGCACUAUCGGACGAGCCUAUACCUUCGCUUGCAUGUUUGGGGGCAAGUCACAGCUUGUGGUCUUGGUUGAUACGGUGAGGGAAAAAUGACCAAGCCGCUACUCUGUGAGGUGGUAUGAGAAGAGUGAUAGCCGGCACUAGCUCAAGAUGAUGGUCAAGAAACAGAAAGUAGAAGUGGUGCUAUCCACAUCAGAUGAUGGAUGGUAGCAAGAGCUGUUGGACGCAUUCUGAUCGGUCCCGAGGGAUAGGUUAAGGAAGCGGAUCGCAGCCGCUUGAUCCAAAGAUUCGGGAUCUCUCUGAACAAAUGAAGCAAUCCUGUUUCGAGAAGCGCUUUAAUAUGGGGGCGCAAUGUCUCAUAAGUUGUUAAUGACAACCAACAUGCU